UUCACUUUCUCCUAGGUUCUUGAACUGGAACUUUCUGAAUGCGUAGCAGUUUUUCGACUUCACUCAAUAUAUUAGGUGAUCAUCUAACCAAGACGUAUACGGGAUGGAGAAAUCACAAGCAGAUGAGAAGAUUCUCAGUUACAAUGAUGUGGUGCUUAGACGAUCGGAUUUAGACAUCCUUAGUGGUCCAUAUUAUUUGAAUGAUAGAAUUAUUGAGUUUUAUUUCAGUUAUCUUUCUUCAUGCCAUCCCUCUCAGGAUAUUAUUCUCUUGGUUCCACCAUCCAUCGCAUUUUGGAUAAUACAAUGCCCUGCCACUGAGGCUCUGAAAGAUUUCUUAGAGCCCCUUCAUUUUUCUGAUAAGACACUGGUUAUGUUUCCCAUCAAUGACAAUGAUGAUGUUAACAGAGCUGAAGGUGGAUCUCAUUGGAGCUUACUUGCAUACUACCGCAAUGCUAAUCUAUUUGUUCACCAUGAUAGCUGUAGAGGAAUGAAUACAGGACCUGCUAAGCAACUCUAUAAAGCUGUUGUUGGAUACAUGGGAUUCUCUGGAUCAGCAACUGAGGCCAGCUUUCUGGAAUGCACUGAUUCACCCAAGCAAGAGAAUGGUCAUGAUUGUGGCUUAUAUGUCACAGCCAUAGCAAGAGUGAUAUGCAGCUGGCAUGUGAAUAGUAAAAAUACCGAUACAAAUCAUAUGUGGUUCUCUGCUAUGAAGGAACGGGUUACUCCAUCUGCUGUUGCUGGGAUGCGAAGUGAGAUCCUGGCCUUGAUCAGAGAUUUAAUGGCAAGACAUCAAGACAUCAAGACCAGAGAGCUCCAGCUCCAGAAUAAAAACUGUGUUCCUACUUGAAGUCAUGAAUUUAAUUGGAGCUUCCUCUAACUUGAUUGAGAACACAUAUGAUCUAAUAAUGCAAAGUCUAUUUGGACCUUUGCUUACAGUCACUCAUGAAAGCAAAUUUGAUCUUAGCAUAUUGAUGGUGGUUAGGCAGUAUAUGAAAAAAUGGGAAUAUAUCUUGGCAAGUUAUCUGGAAACUGCAUAAAUUGGCAUUGCCAUCACACCUUAACGUAGUUAUAGGCUUUUUCUCUGUUACAAUGUGAUUGAAGAGUCUGGUGUGCCUUUCUUUAUUAUAUGCUAAAAGAACAAAUACCAUCUUAAUCGCUAUCCGCUGUCCUAGUUUGCU